AUGACUCCUGGAAAUGGUUCCUUGGUGACCGAAUUCAUUCUGGUGGGGUUAACAGACCGACCAGAUCUCCAACUCCCCCUAUUCUUCCUGUUUUCAGUAAUGUAUAUGGUCACUGUGUUGGGAAAUUUGGGCUUGAUUACUCUAAUUGGGCUGAAUUCACACCUACACACCCCCAUGUACAUUUUCCUCUUUAAUUUGUCUUUCAUAGACCUCUGCUAUUCUUCAGUAUUUACACCAAAAAUGCUGACAAAUUUCUUAUCAAAAAAGAAUAUUAUCUCUUACGUGGGAUGCAUGACUCACCUCUACUUUUUCUGUUUUUUUGUCAUUUCUGAAUGCUAUGUGCUGACAUCAAUGGCCUAUGAUCGCUAUGUGGCCAUCUGUAACCCACUUUUGUAUAAUGUUGCCAUGUCCCCUAAAGUAUGCUCUGGCCUUAUGCUUGGUUCAUACUUGAUGGCAUUUUCUGGUGCCACGGCCCACGCCGGAUGCAUGCUGAGACUGACCUUCUGUGAUGCAAACACCAUCAACCAUUACUUGUGUGACAUCCUCCCUGUGCUCCAGCUCUCCUGCACGAGCACCUACAUCAAUGAGCUGGUAAUAUUCGUUGUGGUGGGCAUCAACAUCAUUGUGCCCAGUCUCACCAUAUUUGUCUCUUACAGUUUCAUCCUCUCGAGCAUCAUCCACAUCAGCUCCAUGGGGGGCAGGUCCAAAGCCUUCAGCACCUGUGGUUCCCACAUAAUUGCUGUUUCUCUGUUCUUUGGAUCAGGGGCAAUUAUGUAUCUCAAACCAUCUUCUGCUGUGUCUAUGGAUGAGGGAAAAAUCUCUUCUGUCUUUUAUACUAAUGUGGUUCCUAUGAUGAACCCCUUAGUCUACAGUUUGAGAAACAAAGAUGUUAAAAUUACUCUGAGAAAAACCCUGAGGAGUAGAAAAUUUUGA